AUGAGCUUAGAUCACUUAGGUAACAGCAAAGAUUCUGAAUAAAUUUUAGAUGACUAAUCUGAAGAAGUUGGUGCUAUAGAAAAUUAUAAAUACCAAAUAAAUAAUAUGUACAAUAAGGAAAAAUAUGUGAAUUCCCAUGAUAUUGCAGGGUAGCCUGGUAUUGUUAAAAUGUAAUAAAUAGAUGUUGAAAAGAAAAAGGUAUAAUUUAGAAUGGCAAAUGAAAAAUAUUUAAGAGAUCAUCCUGAGUUAAAUACUAUUAUAUCUGUAUUUCUAUUUAGAGUUUUAGAAGAAAAGCCUGAUAAUAUUUUAGCAUAUGCGGGAAGAUAUUUUGACAAGCCGGAUUUAAAGUAAGUUAUAGAAAUUGAAAAAAAACACUAUUUGGAUAACAAUAAAAAUGGUUAAAAUAAGCAAUGA